AUGGAAGAGCAAGAAGAAAAAAUAUUUGUCCCGAUUCCCAUUCAUUGGAAUUCCGUUGGUCCUGGGCUAAGCCUUAUUGCCCAGCUCUCCAAUGAACUUCUCGCUGAAAGAGAGAAGUGUGCGCAAUUAUCUCAAGAACUGGAAUCAGAAAAAGUAAAAUAUCAACAACUAGAGUCCUGCUUGUCUUCCUUCGUACCCGAAGAUAAAGCAAAAAUGCCUAGAAUUGAGAGCUGAAACUCAAUUGCAAGCACCGCUGCAGAGUUUGAAGAUGAAAAACCGCUGGUUGGAAUAUAUCCUCCGCAUGUAAGAGAGCAAAAAAUUUUAAAAUAUAAAAUGAAGCUUAAAAAAUACAGGCAAAAAGUGAGGAUCUCAAGAUCAUUCAAGGGCAGGAGUGAAACUGCGAAGCAAAAACUGAGGGUCAAAGGAAAAUUCGUAAAAAGCUUUGACAAUAAUCUAAAUGAUUUGUAA